UACCUAGAAAGCGUUUCGAGCUAUCCUCGAGGCGGCUCGGGAUAAAUAAUAGAUUCCCAAAUCAGAAAAAGAUACAUAGAAAAGCUGUACAUUGGCUAGUUAAUAGGAAUUUUGAGAUACAGUAGCCGCCGCCACAUCAUUCGGCCGGUUAAUGUGCCAAAUCUCAUUAAACGCGGAAAAGAUAAUGGUUUAAAUGGCCCUACCUGGCCUAUCUACCUAUCUACUGGCACUUUAGAUAGAUAAGUUAGAUCGAGUAAGUGACCGGCCAUGAAGCUAUGAGGGAGGCGAGAGAAAGUAAUAGAAAAUGUACUGUACAGUGAUGGUGUCAUUUAAAUUCAAAUAUAUUUAAGUGUAUAUUGUGAUCCUGCGGGAUAGAGAGGAAGCAGUGAAGUGUGGAAAACGAAACGGGAUGUGAUGGCAUAAUUUCAGACGAUAUCUCAAGGAGACCGCGAUCGUCGAGGAAUCUUCAUUUCAUAUUUCAUCCACUAGAAACCACACAUUUUCAAGCGUAUUUGCUUGCAUUUCUGUAUUUACUUUGAAAAACGAAAACAAACCAAAUUUCAACCAUGUUCAAGUUUUUUCGUCGUUCGAGAGCUGACAAAUGCGAUCGAUUGGAUAGCGAUAAUAAUGCGGGGAAUGCAAAGAAAAGUAUCUCAACGAAAGAGAACGUAAAAGCACCAAAACUAUCGGCGACAUUGGAAAAUAGUUUGUUGUCAAGAGGACUACCACGCGCAAGCGCCUCGAGUAACAAUGAUAAAAAUAAAGUGCUUCGUGGACGACAUGAGGAUCACCACGAUCCGCCUCAGCUUCAGGCAAAUCGUGGCGGUAAUAGAAAACUAAGUCACUUGCAAAAAACGGCGGGACCCCUUCCCGUAGCGAAUGAUGCCCAAAGUCGUGAAAAUACCAAGACCAAUUGCUAUAGUCCCAGCUAUGCAAAAGAAAAGUCUAGUCGAAACGAAAUUGUUGAUCUGACGAGAGGCGAUCGAACGUCGCAGUAUCGAACCCAGAAUGAUCGAUCGCGUUCAAGGCUUAUCGAUAAGAACGCCAGCACCCACGACAACCGAUUGCACCUGUUGCAGCGACAGAACCAGUGUCAGAAGAAUCAGCAGCAACAACAACACCCCCAAACACCUCCGAAGCGCAGUGAUCAAGCGCCGAUCGCGCCGAAUUCUUUCAAUCCGAUAAAUAAAAGUCGCGAGUUCUUCUAUGAGAUAAUGGGCAAGAAUCGUAAUCGCAAUCGAAAUCGCAACAGGAACAAGGAUAGUAAGCCAUACAAUCGUGAUAACGUGUCUAAUACGUCCAGUAGUGUCGGUCGGGAGCCUGGAGAUCAGCAGAACAAAUCGAACGAACUCGUAGCACAGAUGCAAGACCAGCUCACAAAACAGCAGCAGGAGUGCGACAAAAUGCCGAACCAAACGGAAGGGAUCAGUGGUGGUGAUUUAAGUGCUACCGUCGAUUCCAACAUAUCUAACGAAAAUAUUGAUAAAUUUGUAAAAGAAAAUGAAAAUAAAGACGAGGAAAAUUUCGAAAAUUUCGGUUAUCAAAUAACAAAGUCUAAGAAUAGCGAGAACCUAGUCAUGAAUUAUGAAGGCGAAGACCAAGACGAUCGUGAGAAACAGAUCGAGGGGAAUACGAUCAGCGAGAGCCAUGUUGAAGCCCAGCCCGACCGUGGUGAUCCCACGGAGGACUCACAGGCAGACGAUGUCUCCCAACCCCAGUGCGCCGACGCACCCAGUGACGUAAACGGCGACCAGGGUGAAAAUAGAUUUUCCGAUGGGAAUGAGGAAAGCUACCAAAGUAGCAACAAUUUCGACAACACCAGCAACAAUAGCAACAGCAACGCAACAGACUCUGCUAAUGAGACGCACAAGGAAGAAAACUCGAUCGUCAUAGGCGAUCUUAACGUACAACAUGUGGAACGGAGCGAAAGUCGCAACGAAAAUGAUCCGCAACAUUUCGAUGCGGACGAGGAUCAGUCUGGCCGGCAGCAAGAUACGCCGGACGCUGCAUUAGCAUCGUCUACUCAAGACGAUGCUCCCGUACAAAGUGAGUGGCAUUCACUAAAGAAUUUCGAAGACGAUCGUAAUAGCAUCGAUGGUCAAUUGCAAAUCGAUCAAGACGAUCUUGAGGAACAGCAAACAUCCGCCCCAAUAUCAACGUCCCUAAUUGAUUGCGAUUGCGAUAAUCAACAACCGCGUCAGGAAUUAGAUGAUGCAAACAUGGGUCAAGAUAACAGCAAGAGUGCAUCUGAUCGACACAGAAGAUCAAGUGCUGAUCAAGUGCACAGUAAUAUAGUGAUACCGACAAUUACGGUGGCUGACUACAGCGAUGCCAGGGGAGCCACAAAGGAUUAUGUGACAAAUGAUAGUGCCGGCCUUGCGCCCGAUAAUGAAGUGUUCUACGAUACCGAAGCGUUUGAUAUCGACUCCUGUAAUAAUCAAAGUGUAGAAGAUUGCGACAAUGAUAGUAAUUUGCAGUUUGUAGCGUGUGAAAGUAGUGACGAUCGUGUUAUUAUCGAGGACGAUCCGGAAGAUCCGGAAGUGAAUUACGGUGGUGCUUGCAAUAACUUCUCGGACAUACCGACCACAGUGAUCGAUACAUCUGACACCCCCAACAAUGAUAGUAGCCCCGAUAACAAUAACAUCUAUCACAGUGAUACCGGUGACAAUAUCAACCUCAGCAACACGAGCAGCAGCUCAACAAUAAACGACAGCAAGAACUCAGAUUCACCGGAUUCCGGCAUAGAACUUCUGGACGAAAGUCAUCACAAUCAAUCGUCAACCGGUGGUGAAAAUUUCUUACAUAUCAACCGUGAUAGUGAGCUAUUUGUUCGCGGCGGUUCAACUGAUUGUGACGAGAGUUUCCUGUUCCCCAGUGAUAAUGAAGAUCACGAUUACCAGCAGCAGCAUCAUCAUCAGCAGACAUACCACCAGAGUGAUUUCGAUAGUGAUUCCAAAGAUAAACCGAUCCUUAUUGAUAGUAUAAGUUUACCGGAUGUUGUAGUGGAAUCGACUGCCGGAGGGAGUAGUGGCAUCGGAAUGGGGAACAGUCACUCCGUGAAACCAGUGGACCAUGUCGAGGAUCAUAACAAGCAUCACAGCGCAACCAUCAUUGUAACGGAUCACAAUGAUAAUGAAACGCGAGAUUUAGUCAAUCAAGAAGCACGUUAUAGUGCCCAACUUGAAGAAGCCCAGAAAAUUAUUUUAAGCGCACAGACGAAAGUCAACGACCUUCAAGCGAAAAUUGAUAGUUUAGAGAAGGAGUUAUCAAUCAAGUCGUGGAAUGUUGAUCGACUUCAGGGAGAGCUCCAAGCAGCAAAUAAAGAAGAUGCCUGCGUCAGGCGUAGGUUGAACCUUCUCCAGGACGAAAUAGUUGAUAUUAAACAGAAAUACUCAGAGAAUGAGUACGAACUCAAUCGUAGAUACGAUGAACUGAAAACAAAACACACCGAACUUUUAGACAAUUAUCGUCAUACACAAAAUUUAGCUAACGCGCUUCAGACACAACUAGCAUUUGCACAAAGUGAUAUAGAGACUGUUCGUAAGGAAAAACAAAAAUUAUGUGAAGAAAAGGACGCUGAACUGAGAAAUCUCCAGGAAGCCUUAAAAGAAUCACAGGAAAAACACAAAGAAUUGGAAAUCAAAUGGCAAAAAGAAUUCGAAUCUCUGAGAACCCAAAAUGCCGACCGCGAGGAACAUCUCAUGGCCGACUGCGAAUGGAAGCUUCGAACCAUGCAAAGAACUUGCAAGGAUAAAGUCGAAGCCGCUAAAAAGGAGAAGAAUGAAGCUUUGGAAAAAGCCAAUGAAAUUUCAACCCGCGCCACUGAACAGAUCGAACGUGUUACGCAUUUGAUACCUCUCGAGGCAGAAAUCAAACAAUUACGUGGACUGACCAAUGAUCAACGGGAGUCCAUGUCCUCCAUGUCUGAACAAAUGACUGAACUCCGCGACGAUUUGGAAGCUGCCAACAAACGACUUGAGGAAGAAAUUGAAAAUGUUCGGAAAAUACGCUUACAUUGCGAUAAUGCUCUUAGUGAUAAAGAUCGGCAAAUGAUACAGAAGAUUGAAGAAGCUCGUGGAACGGUUGCUGUCGAAUGGGAAACAAGACUUUUGGAGGAGAUGACAAGACUGAAACACGAAUUGGAAAUGGUACAUGCUGAAGAGCGCCGUGAAGCACUGGACAAAUUACAAGCGGAACACAUCGAGGAAAUUAAGGUACUGACAUGUCGAUAUGGAGCUAACGAAGAGGAACUACAAAUGGAGGUUGCAAAAUUACGCCAAACACUCCAAGAGAAAUGUGAUGAAUUCAAAGCACUUAAAGAGCAAACAGAUGCUGCACUUUUAGAAACCCGACUGCAUUUGGAGCGAGCCGACUCGGAAUAUCAGAUAGCGUUCAAUAGGGAAAUCGAUAAGAGGGAACAGCUAGCGGAACAAUUAAAAGCCGAGUUUGCAAAAGAAAAGUCUGAAAUGGAAGAGAAAUUCCGUGAACGGCUCAAUCAAGUUAAAGAUGAAUUCGCUAAAGAACUAGCGAAUGCCACUGACGCAAUGCAACUAAAACAUCGUAAACAAUUGGGUAAGCAGCCGUUGGCAUAUGGUAGUAAGCAUUUAUCCAAAAAAGGAUCAUCAUCUUUAUCAUCAGAACAACAAUGGGAGAAGUUAAUUGCUGAAAAAGAGGAAGCACUACAGACUAUGGAAAGUCGUCACAGAAUACGUUUAGAUGAGGCAGCAAGUCGAAUCAACACCUCAGCUGAUGCUGCCACUGCAACCACCAGCACCACAUCACAUUUGGCUGAAAGUGAUAGAUCGAAAUUAGAUUCUUCUACUUCUGUUCUGUUCCGACACAAUAAUAUGAAACUAUGGAAGGGAGCGUGUCCUUUGAUUCCCACAGUCCUGAUUUAUUAUUUCUCACAAUCAUUCCCUUUGGCGUUAAUCUGUUUGUUGUUGAUUUGUGCAUUUCGUUUUUAUAUUUAACGAAAUUAUUUGGUUCUGUAUCCAAGUCCGAAAAUGUGGAAAUAUUGAAAUGUUUUUCAGAUGAAAAUCAAUCUUUCGGCGAUGAUGGAAAGUUUUUAAAACUCUUCAAAAUUCAAAAUUUUUUUUUUGUAUGUAAAGUACCGUGAAGUUUUGAGUGUUUUGUUGCUUCGGUUAUUUUUUCAAAAGUCGGGCCUUUCUCUGUAGCAUCUUUUCUUGUUUAUUUCCGAGAGUUUUUUCUUACUUUUUGGGUCUGGCGAAGGAAGCCUUGAAAGUCGCUGCUGCAGAAAGGAUAUUCUUUGGAGCAAAAACCCACGCUCGUUACAAGAACAUCCUUUCCUCUUUGCAGCGCGGUGGAUUCAUUGUUUUAGAUGCUUUUGUCUUGUAUUCAAUCUUAUAAAUUUCCACGGAAAAACGGAAAAAGCUCACAGGAUUUCAGAUGGAAAUAAUGAAGAGCAAGCUGAAUUCAAAGACAAAGACGUAAUUAUAUCAAAACUGUAGCUCCUAUGUUGCUCGUUUUUUUGAAAGUCGCCACAUUCAAAACUUUUCAUUUGUACUUUCAUACUCAUGCAAUUUUUUUCGGACACGCUCCUUCUAGAAAGUCACACACUCACACAAAUCAGGAAACACUGAAAAUUCAAUAAGAUAGUCGCCGAAAUUAUUUUCAUUUCAAUAUUUUUCAAUUCGACGUAGCGACGUUGGAUGAAUUUUGAAAAUUUGAAAUUAAAUCUUUUCUCGAUACUUUCAAAGAUUUCUCUUCACUUAAUGAUUGCACGCUAUUUAAUUUUAUUUCUGAAUUUGUGUAGUUCCCCGUUUAAGGAUACUUCCCUAGCAUGCAAACUAUGUCGACAGUCCCCCGUUUCGCUACGAUGUAGUCUGAAAUUUCUCACUCCUUCGGAAUUAUAAUUGUCCUUGUGCGUCUCGAUGUUGUUGAAUUAGACUUGGCUGUUGUUUGGAAUUCACAUUGUUUCGUCCCACUCAGCGUUUUGUUCUCAUGUUGAUGGCAUUUAGUAGUUUCAUUGCAUUUUAAUCCGAUUUUUCCUAAUUUUUUAUCUAAACCAGUCUAGCUGCAUUUUAUGUUAAGAU